CAUCCUCCCUACAUCAACACAGACCUAUCCGUAUCGAAUCCAGUUGCAGAACCCUCCAGGGUCUUACUCUGCAACCAUGUCAUUCCCAUGCACAACUCGCGCACUGGCGCGAUCAUCCGCGUUCGCCUCGACUCGGCUCGCCGCAUCAUCUUUCGCUCCCCGCCCAUGCCCACAUUGCUCACGAGCCCUCUCAACAUCGACAACACACCGUCAGUCGUCUAAGCGGCAGAUGCAAACGGCGACUGCCUAUCAACCUUCGACACUCCAGCCUCCACCACCACCUCCACGGAACUUUGGUGUUCCGGACACUUCGAUAGCGGGCGACGCAUCCGAGGUAAAAUCUUGGACGCCAUCGCGUCUAGCUCCACAGCAGCAGAGCCAAGCAUCACAGCAGGAGAAAGCAAGUGUAAUUUUUCCGGAGAGUGAAGCGCAAAACACACGAGCUGCGCCGAUCAAGUCAGCUCGGCCCAGGAGAUACAACUUCGGACCCAGGAAGGCGACCAUCAAGAUCUCGCAGUCCGCUGUUGAACACCUACGCGACCUUCUGGAUCAGCCAGAGCCAAAGCUCAUUCGAAUUGGAACAAGGGCGAAAGGCUGUUCCGGUCUGGCAUAUCACCUGGAGUACACAGACAAGCCUUCAAAGCUGGACGAAGUGGUCGAGCAGGAUGGCGUCAAGGUCUUGAUCGACAAUAAGGCGUUGUUGAACAUCAUUGGUAGCGAAAUGGAUUGGCUAGAUGACAAGCUGAACCAGCGAUUCAUCUUCAAAAACCCAAACAUAACUGAGCAAUGUGGCUGUGGCGAGUCUUUCAGUGUAUCAUGAUACCCCUCUUUUCGUUAUGUACAGUAUUCAGCAUUGGGUGGCAUGACAAAGCAUUGCGUACGGCGUUGAACUGAGCAGGCACGGGCCUAUUUCUAUAGACUGCACUAGACAGUACAUAUGCAACCACAGACUACAGCUUCCCCGGCUCGUAGUCAAGUACUUUCACAUUCUCGAUAUGUGGUCCAGUUAACUUGACGAAAUCCUGAUGCGCAGGAUCUUCGCUCACGUAGUAGUCUCGGUCAUCUGCGCUCUCAAACUCUACUACAAAGCCAUGUGUAAAAGCACCCUCAUGGCCUUCAGGACUGUUGUUUCUCCCACCAGAGAAUGACUUGAUGUACGGCUUCUGAGAGCUUGCGCUCAAGCACUCAUCUUUCAAUGCAAGCAUACGACUGCACG